UUAUGACGCAAUAAUCAUCCGACGACACAUUGAAUGCCUGAACCCAAUUGUCAGGUUUCCCAUCGAACGUGACUCAUGAGCGCUCAAGUGUAGCAGAUGUUUCGGCCCGACAAAUUUAAGCGGGCCUCGCUGCGAAUAUAUCACGCUAACAUAUGCGAGCCUUCGCCGGAAACAUUAUGCGCAAAUUCAGUUGACUGUCCUUAUAAUGCCCACUACACGGUGCGCGGUGGCGGUUGCGAACGUAGUUCCAUGCGCGCGCCUGUGCGGAGCCAAUCGCCCGCAGUCCCACGGCGGCCCUCGCUCCCGCGUGAGGGCGGCCGCCGCGGCAUCCGUCGGGGGCUCUUCCGGAAGACAAGGGAGGGGGGGGAGGAGGACGAGCGGGAUGCAAUAGAGGAAGGAAGAGGAGGAGGAGGAUGAAGAAAAAGGGGCUUCAAAACGCUGGCACGCUCGAUCGCUCGGGUGCGUUCGGGCAGCUCACGGGAAGCCCUCAAUUUGAGACGGAAGCCAUGCGUCGCACUCGCGCCCCCGAGCUGCAGAACCACUCCACCGCCACCUCCACAGUCAAGCAAUUUUCGCCGUGACAUGCCGGGCACGUCUCGAAUUUAGCCAGCAAGAGCUAAGGUUGUCUCCAGAACCUAUUUGGAAGCUGAACAUGUAGCUAGGUCAAGCGCUAUCUGGCAAGCGCCAAAAUGAUGGCUGGGGUAUGUACACGAGCGGGACGAGGAGAGGCAUGAAGUCGCCCGAGACGUAGUACAAGCGGGCAGAAACAAAACAUCCAGAGAAGGUGGCGUAAAAAAUAACAGAACCGCGGUGCUCGCUGGCGCAUGCAGCACUUAGCCAACGAAAGGCUGCCCAGCAACAUUCCCCACCUCGCCGGUGCUCUCAAGUCUGCCUCUUCGAACGAAGCGUGCAGACUCUCAAACCCAUGGUGCCUCCGCCAGGACCCCUUCAGUGCCGCUCCUGAAAUCCGCCGAUCCGGCGUGUGAGCACCCGGAGCGCCCCGGAUCGGCGGCACGGGCCGGAGGCCACUACAAUAGAGAGAAGUCUUGGCGAGCCUAAAGGGGGGGGACUCAAUCAUUCCCGUUUCGACGUCCCCUCCGCCUUCCGCCGGAAGUAUGGCCUCUUCAUCUGGUCUGCCAGGCACAGAAAACAUCGUUCGUUCGCCAAUGGGGCAUCGAAGUGCGCGCGAAUUUCACCCAACGAGGUACUGGCUGCCAACGCGGGCCGACCGUGGGGACCGAGAAAGAGAGAGAGAGAGAGAGAACAACAAAUCAAUAUAAAGUAAAAAGAGAGAAGGAGAUAGAGAGAGAGAGAGAGAAAAAAAAAAAAGAGCAUGCAAACCUACUACUUGCUAUGCAGGGCGCCGCACACCCAGGCAGCUGGCACGACUCACGCGCCGCUCAGGGUUUCGUGGGACAGCCUCUGCCGCAAGCUGUCAUGGCAAACCCGCCGUGGCAAUCCCGAACAAGCCGUGGCAACUGCCGCAAGGAUUACGGCUGCUGCCUGGCCGUACGCGGGUGCAGGAGGAGGGGGAGGAGAGGAAGGAGGGGGAGGGGGACCGGAGUA